CAUCCUCUUCACCAUCAACAAUUCCUGUAUUCGUCAGCCAGGUGUGCGCUGCAGGGUCUACGACCCCAGUGCCCAUCACCGUCCUGCCCAUCAUAUCAACUAAAGAGCAUUUCGAGCUCCCAUUCGUGUUGUGCUCUGCUCUCUCUGCUGUGCUGUGCUGUGCUGUGCCCGCGCGCGCGCCACUGCGGUGGGCAGCCAACCGAAGGAGGGAUAGAUGAUAGGAGGAGCCCAACUCGAACAACAACCGUCAGGGAUCACCCAAAGGAGGCGUCGCCGCGACCCUCUGUGCAUGUGCGCGCAUGCUUGAUGUCAGAGCUGAUAGCCGCAGAACAAGACAGCCAGUCGUUGCGCGCUGCCACGGAUCGCCCUCCUUUUUGGUGCGACAUUGGCACAUUCGCCUCGGGUCGGACGAUCCAAGCAAGGGCGGAGGCGGCUUCAUUGGCCCUCUGAACCAUCACCGCCUUGUCCUCCCGCCAAGGAAGCGGCAGCCAACUUUUUUUUUCUUUGCCCUUACAAACCACUUGAGGAAUUUUCCCUCCGACUUCAAAUCGCUCGAACGCCCGAGGUAGCGGGGCGAUCAAUACUAAGACGCUCAGGGAAGAGACGUCGCCGUGUGCGUGCGACCCAGCAUCGCAUUCAGGUCCGUCUCCGUCGCGACUCCGCCUCGCCGGCCGCCGCGCCCCGAUUUGCGCUUGACCGAGUCCAUCGGGCUCGUCAACCCGCGUACAAGACGCGCGCCUGACCAUCCCAUCCCGCCCGUGGUCCACGGUCGUCGGCGCGUCGCACAAGGAUCCAAAUGCCAUUGCCCAGACCAGGCGCAGUCUCGAAUCCCGCUCCCGCUCCCGCUCCCCUGGUCGCGUUAUCUCAUCCAGCGCCCGGCGAGCUCUAGCUCCGUCAGCGACCUGGGUCCCUGGCCUCCACGUCUCGCCCGCGAUCGACCUCGCCGCUUGUAUUUCCUUCUUCACGAUUUUACCAGCGCUUCUCCGCCCAUCAACUCCGCGUUCGUCCCUCACCAGGCCCAAGCUCUGGGCAAUCUUUCUUCCCACGCAUAAUAGCCACAGCACCGCCAUCUCGAGCCCGUCUCCUUGCCAGGGCCACUACCGUCCCGUGCCCUCGGACCGCAUUCCUACGAUUGUCCUUUUUGGUUUUCGGAGCCUCGAGCCCACAGCUUCCAUGACCGUGACGUCGCCCGCCUGCAAAUACGCGAGUUCCAACGUCCACAAUGGCCGCGGCCGAGGUUUCGAGGUUCACCGCAAGCUUCAGCGGAAGCGAUCCCGCGACCCUCGAAACCAGACCCUUGACGACUGGAUGGGAUGAAAGAUGGCUUCAGUCGCAAUUGAAGCUAAUUUCGUCCGCUUGGGUUUGGAAGAGAAGGUACACUGAGGGCUUUUCAACCGCCAUCUUGGUGCGACAGCAGGCUGGAGAGCCUCUGCGAGCUCCGCAUUUCUCGCCAGCCUGGUCACGACGAUUACCCAACCAGAACGAGACCACCCACGACGAGAUCUUAGAUCCAACCGGGACUGAUGCGUCUGCACGUCAGCGAACACCCGGGACGCCAGAGUAUCUUCUGUCGCCAUUGUCAGUCGCCAGCAAGCGUGAGCGCUCUGGUUCCAGCAACGGCCUGUUUUCUGACCCUGCCCUUGAUGUCGUUGUCGACUGGAACUCCCAGCAUGGCAUUUACGAGGCUAAGAAGAAGAAGAAGGCAGGCGCCACCAACAAAUUCUUUGAUGAAGAACCCGACGACAAGAAGGAUGAAAAUGCGGAAGGAAAUGGUGGGGGUGACAAGGCCGGCGAUGACGCCGGCGGUGGCGAUGCCGGUGACGUCGGAAACGCCGGCGCCGGUGACGGCAGCGGCGGCGGUAAUGGCGACGAUGAUAAGGACAAGGAUAACGCCGGUGCCGGAGAUGCUGAUCCCGAUGACGAAUGGGCAAACUUUACAACAGCCAAGUCCAAGAAGAAGAAGGGGAAGAAGAACGCGGCUGAUCCGGUUACGGACGCCGCUCCCAGCUUGCCGACUGCGGAUUUCGGAGGCGAUACGUUCCAUGAGAUCAAGCUCGGAGACGACUCGGGUAAGAUUGACAUAAAUUUCGGCUCUUCGGACAACAAUAAUUCGUUCGGUAACUGGGGCACCAAGUGGAACACGGGCGGUACAGAUUGGCUGGGUGGGGAAGGGGAGACAGGCUCUGCUGAGAAGAAAGAAGACCUCGACUCGAACCCUUGGAACUUUAGCACGUCAAAGUCCAAGAAGAAGGGCAAGACUACAUUCACGUUCGAUGCCCUCGCUGCGCCGGAGGAGAGCACCGAGCCGGCCGUCAGCAAUGAGGCCAAGGACGACGACUUCGGCUUCACGGUAUCCUCCAAGAAGGACAAGAAGAAGAAGACGAGCAUAUGGGACAUGGACACAACAGAAGAGACGAAAGAGCCAGCCACGGACACGAAGGAUGCGUCCGACCCCUGGGGUUGGACCUCGACGUCGAAGAAGAAAGGCAAGAAGAACGAGCCCGAACCACAGCCCGAGCCCGAGCCAAAAAUUGUGCCUGACUCGUCCGCCGCUGAGGCACCACCGGAAAGUGACUGGUUUGCCCCCGUCACCAAGGGCAAGAAGAAAAAGAAAGGGGGGGUUGCGGUAGUCGAGGAGCCACCAACAGUCGAGGAAUCAAAACCCGAGCCUAUCCCGGAGAAGAAGGAAGAGGCCGACGACGCUUGGGACACAUGGGGCACCUCGAAAAAAGACAAGAAGAAGAAGAAGGCGAAUAUCGUGGAGGAAUUGCCCGCAGAAGAACCCGCCACUAUCUCGCCAGUCGAACCUGCUGCGGAUGAUUUUUGGGGAACCACAGUGACGAAGAAGGGCAAGAAGAACAAAAAUAAGGCGGCGGAACCAGACCCUGAACCUGUUCCACUGCCUGAUCCUGAGCCAUUCAAGGAAGAAGCCGAUACUCAGAAGAAAGAGGAUGACAUUUGGGGACUCUCCACCAAAACUUCCAAAAAGGACAAGAAGAAGAAGAAAGAUCCUUUCUCUUGGGACGACCCUGAACCAACCCCUGAGCCAAAAGCUGCCGAGCCUGAGCCCGUCGUGCCCGUGGUGGAAGAGACCGUCAAAGAAAAGGAAGAUACCGACGAUUUCUGGGGCUCUUUUGGCACAGUCAAGAAGGGCAAGAAGAAGAAGGGUAAAGAUCCAGAGCCUGAACCCGAGCCAAUCGAGCCGCCGCCGCCGCCUUCACCACCAGCGGAGCCUGAAAAGCAGCCUGAGAAGAAGGAAGAUGACGACUUCUGGGGCAGCUUUGGGACUUCCAAGAAGGACAAGAAGAAGAAGAAGAAGGGUCUUGUUGAGGAGGUGCCGGCACCGCCACAACCGGAACCCGAGCCUGAGCCUGUGCCUGAGCCUGUGUCUGUGCCUGUGUCUGUGCCUGAGCCUGAGCCCGAGAAAAAGGACGACGAUGAUUUUUGGGGCAGCUUCGGCACAAAGAAGGACAAGAAGAAGAAGAAGAAGGCGACUGAAGAGGUCAAGGCCGAGGAACCUGCCCCAAAGCCUGCGCCCGAGCCCGAGAAACCCGCAGACGAUACUUGGGACAUCUGGGGUGGGAGCAAGAAGGACAAAAAGAAGAAGGACUCGGUCUUCACAGAUUUUGGCGAGCCCACAAAAGAAGAGCAGGCCAAGCCUGCAGAGGACAAGAAGGAGGAGGACGACAUCUGGGGCAUGGCCACGUCCAAGAAGGACAAGAAAAAGAAGAAAGCCGGCCUCCUGGACGAUCCACCACCGGAAGAGACCAAACCUCUGGAGGACAAGAAGGACGACGACCUUUGGGACCUUGCCCCUUCCAAGAAGGAUAAGAAGAAGAAGAAGGGCGACCUUGUCCAGCUUGAUGAGCGAGAGGACAAGAAAGCUACAGAGGAUUCUCCCAAGGAAUCAAUCGAGGCUACCGGCGACGACGACUUCUUCAGCAGUUGGGGAACCGGUAAGAAGGACAAGAAGAAGAAGGCCGCCGAUGAUUCCUGGAAACCGGACAGCAUCGAGGAGCCCGCCGAUGAUUUCUGGGGUACAGUCACCAAGAAGAAGAAGGACAAGUCCAAGAACGAUCCCGUGGAAAUUUUGGAUGACAUUACCGGUGAGACAGUCCAGCCCGAUGCAGUAGAGGAGACCAAGGACAGUAAAGGCGAUAACUACGACUGGGCCGAGGCUUCAUCGGCGAAGAAGUCCAAAUCCCGGAAAGAUGCCUUGGCUGAUCCACCUCCCCCCGCCCCAACACCCCCCGCUAUGGAUUUUGCUGAGCCUGAAAACCAAACAGGAGAACCCGACAGCGUCACGUGGGAUGUGCCUUCUACAUCGAAAUCCAAGUCCAAGGAUAAGGAGGCCGACAAGGAUAAGGACAAGGAAAAGUCCAAGAAGGACAAGGAGCCCAAGCUAAGCGAGAAGGAACUCAAGAAGCUUGAGAAGGAGAAGAAGAAGGCCGAAAAGGCCGAGAAGGCCGAGAAGGAGCGGCUGGAGCAGGAGGCCAAGGAAGCCGAAGCGCGCGAGGCUGAAGAGAAGGCUGCACGUGAGGCUGAGGAAAAGGCGCGAUUUGAAGAGGAGGAGAAGGCUCGAAUCGAAGAGGAAGAGAAGGCCCGCGUCGAGGCGGAAGCUGCUGCAAUCGUCCAGGAAGAGGAAGACCUAGCCGCGCUGACGGAGAAGAAGCUCAAGAAGGGCAAACUGACCAAAAAGGACACAGAAAAGUUCAAUCGGCUUACCGACAAUGCAGCCAAGAGGGCCGAGGAGAAGGCUGCUGCCGAGGCAGAGCAGGCCGCCAAAGAAGCAGAGGAGCAAGCGGCGCGUGAGGCAGAGGAGCAGGCUGCACGAGAGGCAGAGGAAGCCGAGGCGGCCAAGAAGGCCAAGAAGGGGUCCAAGUCCAAGGAUAAAGAUAAGGACAAGGACAAGGACAAGAAGAAGGACAAGAAGUCCAAGGAGCCCGAACCCGCGGUGCCGGAUCCGGUCCCAGAGCCCGAGCCGGAGCUCAAGCCGGAGGAGGUGGAGGAGCUCCUCUCGACCAACGACAAGUCCACCAACGACGCCUUUAGCUACUGGGGCGUCAGCGGCAACUCCAAAAAGGCAAAGAAAGGUUGGUUGCCUCAGGCGGCGCAGGGGACGCGACGACUACUGCGACGCCACCACCGCGCUACCCCAAGAUGCCCCCUCAAAGCCAUGCUACCAAUCUCACGGGACGAGCCGAAAUUGGAUUGCUGACUCAUCGCGUAGUUCUGGAAGAUGCGACAGACACCAAGGACACGACACCCUCUGGCAAGGCGACUGAUGGCUUCUCGAUGAAAGCGACGACGCGAAAGCCUGUUGGCGGCAAAAUCGCCGACAAGCUCAAGACGUUCGAGGCUGCGCCCGACCCGCCGCCGCCGCCGCCGCCUGCGGAUCCCGUGCCGCCGCCUCCACCCCCGCCUCCAACCGCGCCACUAAAGGAGGACAAGAAGAGCUCCAAGUCCAAGAAGAAGUCCAAGGACGCCGACGACGCCGAGCAGGACAGCGCAUCAUCCAAGAAGAGCAACAAGUCGUCGGAAUUGCCGGGAAGCUUCCCUGCCGACGAGGACGAGGACGAGUCCCACGCCGUCGUCGUCGACAUGACCGCAAAGGACACGAAGAAGAGCAAGAAGAGCAAGUCCAAAUCGGCUGCAGACGCGCCGCCGCCGCCGCCGCCGCCGGUCCCCGAUGCGCCGCUGACGCCGCCUCCUGAGCCCAAGCCAUCCAAGAAGGAACGGCCCAAGAUAAAGGAAGACGCCGCCUCCUGGGCCCGGUGGAACGCAGCGCCUCGCAAAGAGGAGCCCAAGUCCUCGUCCAAGCCGAAGACCGAGAGGACAACGUCGAAGCGGUCGGCGGAGAAGUCUUCCUCAAAGGACUCGGGCUCCGAUAAGGCAGAACGUCCAGACAAGGCAGAGAAGACGCCAGGCAAGGCUCGACUAUCUGCCAUGUUCACAAGCACGCCACCCAUCUCACGAUCCAUGUCGACACGGGACAAACGACUGAGCGCGAGCGGGAAAUCGUCGUCGCGCCGCCACUCCGUCGACAUGCACGGCUUGGCAUCCCCGCCUCCCGAGGAGCUACCCGAGAUGUCAUCCAAGGCAGCUAAGAUUCUGGGAGUCGACAAGUCCAGCAGCAAAAAGAAAACGCGAAGGGUGGCCUCACCAGAUGAGGACGACAUCGUUAUGGUCGGCGCUCUGGACCCGGAGACCCCCGCCCCCAAGCGAGACAAGCGGCGUUCAAGGAGACCGCAGGACGAUGACCUCGUGAUGGUAGACGCGGGUGGGCCCUCGGAGACACCCGUGAAGCGGGGACUGUCCGCCUCAAAGAAGUCCGGAUUUGCGGGCCUCUUCAGCGGUCUCAUGACACCCAAGUCGGCCAGGGACGCCAACCUCGACACCGACGCCGUGCCAGUCGGCACAGACCGGGAGGCUCGCACGUCGGAUCGCAAGGCCAAGCGCAGCGAUCGUGAUAUGGUCGACCGGGACGAAGCACGGCGCGAACGACGGCGGAAACGCGAGGACGAGGACGAGGCGCGCAGGCUAGAGGCCAAGGAGGCCCGGCGAGCCGAGAAGCGUGCCGCUCGUCAGAGGGAGGAUGAGGAGCGCCGUAUGGAGGAGGAGAAGGAAGCUCGAAGGGCAGAGCGACGUCGUCUUCGCAAGGAAAAAGAAGCCGCCGCGUUGGCUGCCGAAAGGGACGAGGCGGCACGGAGGGCUACCAAGCAAGAGCGACGACGGUCUCAGGCGAUGGACGGCUCCGAAGACGAAGCCGAACGCCGUCGCAGGCGAGAGGCACGUCGGGCCGCCAAAGCUGAGGAAGGCGGUGAUGCCUCCAGACGCCGGAGCAGUCGCAACCCGUAUAUGUCGGCCGACGACAUGGCGGGGCCUCGCAAGAGGAGCAAGCGCGACAGCCAGAUGGAGGCGUCGGCCUGGCCCCAUUCAGGAACAUCGUCGUGGGUUAAGGAGCAUUCGGACGCACCGCCGCCUCCAAAUGACGACGAGCAGGCACGGCGCGAAGCUCGUCGAGCCAAGCGGCGAGCCAGGACUGGCGAGGCUGCGGCGGACGAGAUGGAGGAGCAGCGCAGGCGCCGCAGGCGAGAGGAGCGUGACAGAGAGAGGCGGACUGGCGGCGGUGGAGGGUCGGAGGGGAGCGACGAGCGUCACCACAGCAGGCGAGGGUCUGCCUUCAUGGACGCAACACCACGGAGCAGCUGGUGGAAGAAGAUUACGGGAUAAGAGAGGCGGCGAGCGUGUGCAUUGCGAGUAACGAGUCUUGCUUGACGCGGCUGACGGACCUUGGGUUGCAACGGAUCGGUCUCGGGCAGUGAUCAGGCUGCCUUGUCUGCGUCGACGAAGAAGGAGGGUGUCGAGCGCUGGGUCUGGCACCCAUAAGGCGGCACCCCGGGCGGGCGGGUUCUGUUGUUGUUGGAUUUGGCAUGGGAGCAUACUCUGGCAUGAUACCCCCUUCGUCCUUGGUGGCAUGAGUUUGGCCGGAUGGGAUUCGCGGGCGCGACACCCGGGCAUCCAUGCCGCAUGCAUGUCUCUUUCAUGAUUUGGUGUUUUCGAUGCCAAUCAGCAAGCGUUUGACGACCAGGUUUUUUUUUUUGCCACGACUGCGUGUUUUGGAGCAGACAUUGGCCCGAAAUACAACAAGCCAUCUAUCUAUCAUCAGUGCAUUGCGCAGACUGUGCCGUGCCAGAUGGUCGAGGUACUGCUACUAUAUAUUACUAUUCCGUGCUACCGUGCGGACGUUGCAUUUA